GAUAUUGGUUUGCUUACAGACCAUGACACGUGGGGACCCGGUGAGCUCCAGCCCAAGCUUGCAAUGCUCUGCUUCCUCUGUUCCCCAUUCACCGCGGGCCCGCGGCGCGGCGCAAAAACCCUCACCCACAGCAGCGGCGACCAAAUCCGCUGAGCAGGCCGGCAAUGCCGCGGAGGUCCGCGUCCGCCAUCGUCGCCGACACGGCGAGCGGGCACCACCUCCUCACGGUCCACGGCUACUCCCGCACCAAGGGCGUUCCCACCGGGGAGUGCGUCAAGUCCCGCCCCUUCGACAUCGGCGGCCACCGCUGGCGCAUCGACUACUACCCCAACGGCGUGCGCGCGGAGGUCGCCGACUACGUGUCCCUCUCCCUGAUGCUCGACGAGGACGAGGGCGUCGCGGCGGCGCCGGCGGUGAAGGCCCAGUACGACAUCCGCCUCGCCGGCGAGGCGGAGGAGGAGGAGGAGGAGGGGGCGGCGCUGGCGUCGGCGUCGGUGGACGACUUCACCCCCGGCAGGGGCUGGGUGUACACGACGUUCGUCUCCAGGGAGGAGCUGGAGGGCUCCGAGCAUCUCAGGAACGACUCCUUCACCGUCCGGUGCGACAUCGUCGUCGUCCGCGACUACCGCGCCGAGGACGCGGCGGCGGGCUUCGUGUCCGUGCCCGCGUGCGACCUGCGGCGGGACCUCGCCGGGCUCCUCGAGACCGAGAAGGGCGCCGACGUGGUGUUCGAGGUCGGCGGCGAGACCGUCGCCGCGCACCGGUGCGUGCUCGCGGCCCGCUCCUCGGUCUUCGCCGCCGAGCUCUUCGGGCCGAUGAAGGAGGGCAAGGAGGACAUGAAGCCGGAGGUGUUCAAGGCUCUGCUCCGCUUCGCGUACACGGGCUUGUUGCCGGAGACGCGCAAGGAGGACCAAGACGUCACCUGCCAGCACCUCCUCGUCGCCGCGGACAGGUACGGCAUGAGGCGGCUGAAGCUGAUCUGCGAGGAGAAGCUCUGCGAGUGCAUAAAUGUGGGCUCGGCGGCCAUCGUCUUAGCGCUGGCCGAGCAGCACCGUUGCGAGGGGCUGAAGAAGGCGUGCUUCGAUUUCCUCGCCGCGCCGGCGAACCUGAGGGCGGUCGUGGCCACCGAAGGCUUCCAGCAUCUGAGCAGGAGCUGCCCUUCACUCAUGGCCGAGGUGAUCACCAUGUCCUUGGGCAUUAGCUGAGUGAUGGAUCAUGGAUGCCGAAGUGUCCUACCAGGUGAAUAAUUAUUGUUUCGAGACUAAUGUAGGGGAAAUAUGUAUGUAAUCAGGUAGCUGACUUAGUAGACUCUAAUUGAUGAUCGAGAUGCCGAAAAAAUGCCUCA